AUGAGUUUGCCAGCUCGGGCACCAUGGAUGGAACCGCAGCUUCCGGGGCAGAUGCAGCUCUCUCCUGCCGGUCUCCCCGCAGACAAAUUUUCACGUGCAUGCGAGGAGAGGAUGUACCGGGGGAGGCUGCCAACGCCCAGGCUCAGCGAUGAGUCGUUGCAGGAAAGGCUGCGAAGCCUGGAGAUAGAGUGUCAACAGCUGCGCGACAGCAACUCCCGGCUGGAGCUAGAGAACUCCAAGCUGAAGCUGCAAGUGAGCUCUUCGCAGGGAGGACAACCCAGUUCGGAAGCACUCGGAUUGCCAAGCCUCCUGCACGGCUCGAUCUCUGCAGCAGGGACGCAGCGCCAAGUCCUGCGAAGCCGCAUGCGGGCCAUGCUGGAGGAGCAAAGGCGACUGGUAUAUGAACUCCAACUUGAGAUUGCUGAGGAGAUGAGCCUUCAGCCUCGUCCCACGGAGGCAGAACCCCGACAGCGGAUGCCGCUUGCAUCAACAGUUGUGACUGGAUCAGCCAGAAGCGGCCCCGGCGUGUGGGCCUCUGCGCAAACCGCACCGCGAGACCUUAGUGAACCCCAAGAAGCUGCAGCACCACCAGAGGAGGACCCGCUUGGGUCUUGGCCCACGGCAUGCCCGCCUUGGCCGUCGUCGAGAGUUCCGGACAACGAAUUGCCCACGAGAACGAGCACCAGUGGCAGCUACAUGCAGUCUGCUCCAGACGAGUUACAUGCGCCAAGUGAAGCGGCAGCACCACCAGAGGAGGAGUCGCCAGCGCUCGCCUGGAGGCCUCCAGCCGCCACGAUGCCAACCAGCAGAAUGGGCGGCAGCGGCAGACCUCUCACUGCAUCAGCUCGCACGGCUCCGGUGAGACUGCCUUCGUGCUUCAUGCACUCUGCACCAGACGAACUGCACUCGCCCUGGGAAGGGGCAGCCCCGCCUGAGCAGGAGGAGCCGUCGGUUGUUCCGCCAAUCUACGGGCGCGAAGGGUCCGCUCGUCAAUCUCGGCUUACACGGAGCAGCGUGUCUGGCUCCGACGUUGCCCCGGUUGAAGCGCCGCCGGAGGACGAGGUUAUUGUGCACGUGGUGACUGUGUCCUGUUCCGAGCAUCUGGAGAGGAUGUCUGGCAUGAGGCUGCCAAUGCCCAGGAUCAGUGACGAGUCGUUGCAGGAAAGGCUGCGAAGCCUGGAGAUAGAGUGCCAGCAGCUGCGCGACAGCAACUCUCGGCUGGAGCUGGAGAACUCCAGGCUGAAGUUGCAAGUGAGUUCUUCACAGGCAACUUCGGAGCAACCUGAAUCACCGAGCCGGCUAAGCGGCUCGAUCUCCGUGGCAGAGACGCACCAUCAAGUCCUGCGAGCGCGCAUGCGAGCGAUGCUGGAGGAGCAAAAGCAGCUGGUAGAUGAACUCCAACGGGAGAUUGCGCAGGUGCAAGUCCAGCGCGUGAAUGAAAUGGGCCAACUUCAGGUUCGACCGAGCGCAGAGCACCAGCCGGAGCCCAAGCAGAUGAUGCGGCUCAAGGCUCGGGUCUUGGCCCACUCUGUCCCAGCCUUGGCUGUCCUCGAGACUGCCGGAAAACACAUUGCCAACGAGAACGAGCAACAGUGGCCAUUGCCUGCCUGGAAGCCGGCCGUCAUGCCAACGAGCAGAAAGGGCGACCGCGGCAGCAGACCUCUCACUGCACACUCUGCACCAGACGAGUUGCACUCGCCCUGGGAAGCGGCAGCACCGCCGGAGGAGAGACCGUCGGAUGCUCAUUUGUUCUUCGGUGUGCGCAGCUUUGCUCAAAGUGGCGCUUCAAUGGAUGUCAAUGUCAAGACGGAUAAGUCAGCGACCAGUCAGAGCUGGAAGCGAUCUCUCGGUUGGGUCAGACUCAGGCCGUCAGCUGCAAGCUUCGCCUCCAGCGCCCGCCCGCAGAACGGCGGAGCUGCCGUGCCGGAAGAGCCGAACGCCCCGAGUGAAGCGCCGUCCGAAGAUGAUGCGCCGCGUUCGCUGGGCCCCCAGAAGAGGGCCCACGCUGUCAAGAGUAUUCUACAAAGUCGCUAA